AUGAACAAGUUUCAAAAUGAGUUCAAAUAUGAAGCAUGGGUUAUUUAUAAUUUCUUGGCAUUGUGCCUGGCAUGGGUGGGUGGACCAGGAGCUGUUGUGUUGAGUUUAAGUGGUCGGGUUCUGAAGCCAAGCUGGUAUCUGAUGACAUGCUGCUUUUCUCCCAUUCCAUUAGAUGGGGAUAGUGCAAUCUUUAUAUUCCUGAGUUGGAAUGAUUUGACUGGACUUAUAGGUUCCUCAUUCUUGUCUGUCACCCAUGAUGUUUUUGAAAAUUUGGGAUGUGUGGACCAGGCAUACCUUUAUCUCACCGUCAUCUAUACAGUAUCGUACUCAGUGUUGCUCUAUUCGUUGGCCUUGUUUUAUGUGGCGUGCAGAGAUUUACUUCAGCCAUUCAAUCCAGUUCCAAAGUUUAUCAUAAUCAAGUUUGUUGUUUUCUUGACCUAUUGGCAGGGUGUUCUUGUUUUUCUUGCUGCAAAAUCUGGAUUUAUAAGGGAUACAGAGGAGGCUGUUGAAUUCCAGAAUUUUAUAAUUUGUGUUGAGAUGCUUAUUGCAGCUGUGGGCCACCUUUAUACAUUUCCAUACAAAGAGUAUGUUGGUGCCAAUAUUGGUGUCUCUCAUGGGUUCACAGCGAGCCUUGCGCAUGCUUUGAAGUUAAAUGACUUUUACCAUGACACAGUCCACCAGGUGAGUUAUUCUACUUAUCUUCUGCUCAUGGGCUCCUUAGAGAUUGUAUCUCAUUUUUUAGCUCUGUUUGGUGCAUCUUAUGGAGUUGCUUGUAGAUUUUUUUAUUUAGGAAAUGUGUGCCAAAGUAUUUGGUGCGCUUUUGUUUACAACUUACAAGGCAAAAAUAACUUAAAUAAGUUGAAAAAGACUUAUUAUUAGGAAGUAGGGGAAUGGGUGUUUUCAACUUUUGCUUUCUAAUUAUCAGCUAUUAGCUUGUAAGAAGCUUCACCUCUAAGUUGCACCACCUGCCUGAUGAUCAGUUUUUAUUUCAUGUCUUUUCUGGAAAAAGGAAAUUUAAAUAAUUUUAAUAGUAGUUGGGCCUUGUAUCACGGGAAACA